GGAACUAUGGGGAGGGGGAGACCAUGGUUCAGUAUCUCCAGAGGGUGGAUGAGAAUGUGAGGGCUUUGGAGGAGCUGGAUUACACGGUAGAUGAGAAGGAGAUCAUCUAUACUGCACUCCAAGGGUUGGAUCAAGCGGCUAAUGAGGCAUUACUACAGUACCUUCACCUCGAGCAACAGAAAUGGACCAAGGUGUGGAUUUGGGAGGUUCUAAUUUCUGAUGAGGCUCGCAAGGUUGAUGCUGGAAGAGGCCUAGAAGGAGGCAUGGGUGCAGCAGAUAAAGCUUCCUUCAGGAAAGGCUAUCAACAGCAAGGAGGUGGGGGGAAGAAGAAAGAGUUGGACAAAUGCCUUGUGCCCGGAUGCAACAAAAAACACUCUUGGAAGAGUUGCUGGAGUAGGCCUGAGGGAUGGAAGCCUCACGGCUACUCUGGAGAGGCCCCACCAGUGACCAAACCUGAUUGGGUGGAGAAAAGGAUGAAGAAGGGGCUCUGGAAUAAGAAGGGCAGCAAGGGAGCAACGGCGGCAGCUGCUAAGGAUGAGAAGGGGAAGGGCCAAGACGACUCCUCCGAUGAUGGUUUCUCGUUUCUCAUGCUAGGGCAGGAUGCAUCUCUCGCUGGUCGUGCAUUGGCUGAUCCCAACUUCCUGGUUCUAGACUCUGGAGCAACAUCUGGGAUGCUUCCUCGCCCUGCCUAGAACCUCAUUCCCUAUCUCCUCUGAUCAUGCCUCGACUCCCCUUGAGCUUGUGCACACGGAUGUGUGUGGACCGAUGCAAACUCCUGACCGGGAAAGGGGCAGCAGGUACUUUGUCACCUUUCUUGAUGAUUUCAGUCGACUUAGCUGGGUCAUCUUGGUGAAGACCAAGGAUGAGGUGGCAAAGGUGUUUAAGCGGUGGAUACGCUAUGUGGAGAGGGAAUCAGGGGCCAAGGUAAAGGUGUU